CGAUUGAAAAUAUUGGUUAAAAAUAUUGCUGCCUGCAAUUCCACCAUUUCAACCUUGCUGUGUUGUUAGCUAAAAAAACUACAGCGUUUGUUAAAAACUGGCUGGCUAGCUGCACAAUUUGUAUGAAUUAACUGCUACGUUUGGGGUACUUUUAGAGCUCGACAACAUUCACUUUCACAGUGUGGAAAAGAGCAACAUGAACAUUGAUAUUUGUGUUCCACAGCUGAAAGGAAAUCAUACAGGUUUGGAAUGAGAUGAGGGCAAGCAAAUGAUGAAAAUGUUCAUUGCUUGAAUUGCUCAGGACUAGAGACUUUGGGAUGUCUCUUCUCUCUUGGAGAAAUCACUAACUUUAUACCUUGUGUUGUGAUGCAAAAACACUACGUGAGCCAUCCACCCAUGUCCAUGUGGACGUGUCCUUCAACUUGCUUCAUGCUUUGAUCAAAUAACCCCCUCCCACUGUUUACAUCAACAUAGAUUUAGUAUUUAUUGUUGAACUGUUUCUAAAACAAUCUCUUAUACAUGAACUUUUGUUUCUGAUUUUAUUGAAGCAUUUCCAGUUUUAGUCUCAAGGUGGCAUUGAUUGCAAGUGUACACACCUACUACAGUACACUGUGGAUCUGCUAAAAACCUCUUUCAGACUUAAUCUCUCUGUGUUCAAGAAAGACAUGAAAACGGAUGAACGGUGUGAAUAAAAUUAAGAGUUGUCAGAGUAUAGACUAUUGCAUAUCAGAAGAGCUCGGACUGCAAUCCUUGUUGUUUUUGUUGGAUUUCUGUGUAUGUGUGGAACAUUAAUGUGAUGCCAGGCUCAUUUGAUGCAGCAUAUGCUGGAAUAUUUAUGUUUGCAGGUCUAACAGGUGCAGGAGUUAAAUGAGGACAUGACUGCUACUCUGUUGACCUCUUUCUUGCAUAGAGCUGCAUUUCCCUUUUUGCUGUCAGUAAUUGGUUCAUUGGCCCCACACACUGCAGGCCCUCCUUUCUGCGUGACACAUGAAGAACAGAAAGGAAAACACAGACACACAGUUGACAGCUCACACACAGACGCCCAAGGAUGACCCUCUCUUGCAUGUGCUUUUGUUCGUUCAUAUGGAUGGCAGCGGCUUCACUGGCCACCUUCCAAGCUACGCCGUUUGUUCUCUACUCCAAAAUCAACGGCUCGGAAAGUAUGUCCUGUGAAUGUCCAGAUCACUCCUGCCAGGAGGUUUUUUGGUACCGAUACCUUGAGAGGACAAAGACUCUUCAGUUCCUCUUGUAUUGUAACAGCGCUGGCAGAGAGAAACAUGGAGAAAACCUGAUCGCCACUCGCUUCAAGGGCUCGGUGUCCUCCGGACAGAGGGUGGUCUACAGCCUGCGUAUAACGGGACUACAGGAGGAUGAAAUCGGCUUCUAUUCCUGCAUGUUCAAAACUAAAAGUAUUAUGCCUGUUGGAUAUUACAUAAUGCCUGGAGUGAAUCCUCCGACAGUUAAGCCGCCAACAGUAAAGACCAAGACACCCAAGAAGACCUGCAAUUGCAAACCCCCCAGCUCUCCUAAAGGCUGUGAACAAUCAGUGCUUUGGCCGGGCAUUGGUGCUCUUUUGCUUUUGGCAAUUACACUUGCUGGCACACUUUACUACUUCAGUCGUCUACCUAAAAAGUGUAGACAUCGAUUUACCAAGACGAAUCAGUUGCGAUGAGGUGGAAGAACACACUCUUCAUGCCGAAACAAAUGUAAGCAUUUGGAUUAAAACAUGUUUUUGUAAAUACAGUCUUUGUCUUAUAUAUAAUAAUCUCAAUUUUUUUGUUUAUUUGCAGGUGGUGGUCUUUUUUCUAUCCAAAGUUUGGACCUGUCGAAGUCUCCGAAAUUUUGCCAUGGUCUCACAAAAAUCAAAUACAUUGGGUUUUAGAAUGUGUGUAUAUAAAAAAACUAUGUCUUAAAUUUAUAGUUCAUUGUUUAAUCGGACGUUAUUCAAUCAACAGUUCACUUACUGAAUUCAAAUCAUUGUCUGACUUGACUCAAUUAAACCAGAGCAGAACAUACCACAACACUGAACUCACUCUAAUCUUGGACUAACCUCAGCUGUCUUAAUUGAGCUUUGAGUUUUGUUCUUGCCAGUACAGUAUGCUUAAUUUGUGACUGAAUGUACAGUUUUCUCAUUUUGAUGUUCUUUUAUCUCAUAUGCUGUCAUUUUAUGCUUUAAUGUUAUGCUCAUUAAAUAGUUAUCUUUAUCAA